GAGGUAACAGUCAACACAACAAUGAGCAAACUGAAUAGCUGCCAAUGUAAGCGUCUCGGCGCAAUGUCUGGGCAUGGCACCAUGGUAUUUGUCACUGUUUCUGAAAGGUCACAUCGAAAAGCCAAUUAUACCUUCGCUCAGGCCCCGGAGACGUCAGCGUCUGCAAAGGGAACGUCCAUCAUACACACCUAUAGGGCAGAAACAUCCGCCAGCCGACUAAAAAAAAUGAGGCCGUCAUUUCUCUACCUACGCCGAACAGCGCCGCUUGCCACCCCGGAGACGCGCACGGCGGCCCGUCAGGUCGCCCACUUAGCACGUCAGUCGCGCUGGGUCUGUCUGUCACCGGCGCGGCCUUAUAACACCGGGCAGGGAGUCUGCGUCACCACAGCCUCUGCUCCGCUCUGCUGCCGGCUACACGAUGCUCGCGCUGACCCUGCUCGUGACCGCGCUGGUCGGCCUGACCUCCGGCCGGCCCAACAACGUGCGCACGAGCGUGGUGGCCUCGCAGACGGACUGGACGCGCGGCGGCUCGUCGCAGGUGUCCCAGGCCCAGGGCCAGGCGGCGGCCAACUCGAUCGGCGUGCAGACGGCGCCCGGCUUCAACCAGCGCGACGACCGGGCCGCCAACGCCGCUAUCGCGCUCCAGGGUGCGUCUGUCGGUAACGGCGACGUCAGCCAGGCGGGCGGCGUGACCAGUGAGACGCAGGGUCGGCUCGGCAACAUCGGCACCCUGACUACCUCCGUCAGCAACGGCCGGUUCAACAACGCGGCGGCCACGGCGGCGCUGUCCGGCGGCGCGGCGGCCGCCCAGCAGGUCAGCCAGGCGGGCAACCUGGUGGCCGGCGGCCGGACGGUCGGCCAGCGCGGCGCCAACCUUAACCUGGCCACCGCCGGCUCCGUCAGCACGCAGACGGGCUCCCGCGGCACCGGCGCCUUCGGCAACACGAACGCCGUGCAGACCAACGCCGAGCACGUGGGCCCGCUGCCGGCGGCCGGUCUGCCCGCCGCGCCCGGCGUCAUCCUGCAGGGCGUCGGCACGCCGGCCCUCGGCAACCUGCGCACCACGCCGCCGCCGCCGCCCAUGCCCAUGAUGAUGAUGGGAGGCCGGGGCGGCCACAGGGACUAGACUAGGCCCGUGAUAUACCUGUGCAUCACCGGACUCUGCAGCCAAACUAUGACGGAAAGAAUCGUGUGCGAGAGAUUUACGAUAAACGUAAGUCAAAUCUACCAAUAAAAUUUGAACACGCAUUCAUACAACUGAAGUGUAACGCUUGUACUUAUCAACUUCCACAAGCAACGAAGUAAAUUGCAACCACGCAUAAGAAGUGUGAAAUGAUGAUAUUUUGUACGUUAGAUCUUCCAAUACAUACCUGUACCUACACCUGUUGGUAAAUCAUCUCUUUGUCUGGGAAAAGAUGAAGAACGUGCUGUAA